AUGGCGCCGCGGUUGCAGCUGGAGAAGGCGGCGUGGCGUUGGACCGAGACGGUGCGCCCGACGGUGGCGCAGGAGCACAUCGAAGCGGCCUACCGCGUCGGGCUGGAGCCCUGCCAGCGCGGCGCCUGCCGGAGGAACUGCCGGGGGAACCCCAACUGCCUGGUGGGCAUCGGGGAGCACGUCUGGCUGGGCGAGAUAGACGAGAACAGCUUCCACAACAUCGACGACCCCAAUUGCGAGCGCCGCAAGAAGAACGCGUUCGUGGGCUUAACGAACCUCGGCGCCACGUGCUACGUGAACACUUUCUUGCAGAUGUGGUUUCUUAACUUGGAGCUCCGACAAGCCCUCUACUUGUGUCCCAGCACCUGCAGCGAGUAUGCGACCGGAGAGGGCAUCCCGAAAGACAAAGACUACGAGCCUCAGACCAUUUGUGAACACCUCCAGUACUUGUUCGCCUUGCUGCAGAACAGCAAAAGGCGAUACAUCGAUCCCUCUGGGUUUGUCAAAGCGCUGGGCUUGGACACGGGACAGCAGCAGGAUGCCCAGGAGUUUUCAAAGCUGUUCAUGUCGCUGCUGGAAGAUACUUUAUCCAAACAAAAAAACCCAGAUGUUCGAAACAUAGUGCAAAAGCAGUUCUGUGGAGAGUACGCCUAUGUCACGGUCUGCAACCAGUGUGGCAGGGAGUCCAAACUCGUGUCUAAAUUUUAUGAGCUGGAGUUAAACAUCCAAGGGCACAAGCAGUUGACAGACUGUAUAACGGAGUUUCUUAAGGAAGAAAAAUUAGAAGGGGACAAUCGUUAUUUUUGCGAAACUUGUCAGAGUAAGCAGAAUGCCACGAGGAAGAUCAGGCUGCUAAGUCUUCCCUGCACGCUCAACCUGCAGCUGAUGCGUUUCGUGUUUGACAGACAAACUGGCCAUAAGAAAAAGCUCAACACCUACAUCGGCUUCUCUGAGCUGCUUGACAUGGAGCCUUUUAUGGAACAAAAAAAUGGCGUCUACGUGUAUGAACUUAGUGCCGUCCUCAUACACCGCGGUGUGAGUGCGUACUCCGGGCACUACAUCGCCCACGUGAAGGAUCCGCAGACAGGCGAGUGGUACAAGUUUAACGACGAAGACAUAGAAAAGAUGGAGGGGAAGAAACUGCAGUUGGGGAUUGAGGAAGAUCUAGCGGAACCUUCUAAAUCCCAGACUCGUAAACCUAAGUGCGGGAAAGGGACGCACUGCUCGCGCAAUGCUUACAUGCUGGUAUACAGGCUGCAAACCCGGGAGAAAUCUCUGACAGUCGAAGUACCAGCUUUCCUGCAGGAGCUGGUAGAGCGCGAUAACUGCAAGUUUGAGGAGUGGUGCAACGAAAUGGCUGAGAUGCGCAAACAGAGCGUGGCCAGAGGCAAAAUCAAACACGAAGAGGUGAAGGAGCUCUACAAAAGGUUACCCGCUGAAGCUGGUUCCCCGUACGACUUCAUCUCUCUCGAAUGGUUGCAGAAAUGGCUGGAUGAGUCUACUCCUCCAAAACCUAUAGAUAACACAGCCUGCCUGUGCUCCCAUGGCAAACUCCAUCCGGAUAAAAUAUCCAUUAUGAAGAGGAUAUCAGAGUAUGUGGCCGACUUCUUCUACAGGAGAUAUGGAGGAGGGCCCCGGCUGAAUGUCAAAGCACUUUGCAAGGACUGCGUGGUGGAAAGGUGUCGAAUCUUGCGACUGAAAAACCAGUUAAACGAAGACUACAAAACCGUUACGAACUUGCUGAAGAUAACAGUCAAGGGGAACGACGGGUUUUGGGUUGGAAAGGCGUCCUUGCGGAGCUGGCGUCAGUUGGCUCUGGAACAAUUAAAUGAGCAAGACGAAGACGCAGAGCACAGUAAUGGAAAAAUGAAUGGAAAUGCACAAAACAAAGAUGAAUCAAAUGAAGAGAAGAGAGAGGAGGAAGAGGAGUUAAAUUUUAAUGAAGACAUCGUUUGCCCACAUGGUGACCUGUGUAUAUCCGAAAACGAACGGAGGGUGGUUUCAAAGGAAGCCUGGGAGAAACUCAAGCAAUAUUUUCCAAAGGCCCCUGAAUUCCCAAAUAACAGAGAGUGCUGUUCCCAGUGCAAGAUUUUGGAGCGCGAAGGGGAGGAAAACGAAGCUCUGCAUAAGAUGAUGGCCAGCGAGCAGAAGACUUCUCUCCAGAACCUGUUUCAUGAUAAAUGCAGACCUUGCCUGGGCAGCUGGCCUCAGGAGACAGAUGAGCUGUAUAUUGUUUCGCAGUUCUUUGUAGAAGAAUGGAGGAAAUUUGUCAGGAGGCCGACGCGAUGCAGCCCCGUGUCCUCGGUAGGAAACAGCGCUCUUCUCUGCCCCCACGGGGGCCUCAUGUUCACCUACGCUUCCAUGACCAAAGAAGACUCCAAACUUAUAGCUCUAAUAUGGCCCAGCGAGUGGGAGAGGAUUCAAAAACUCUUUGUCGUGGAUCACGUCAUCAAAAUCACCCGAACGCAAGCUGCCGGGGCGGACCCCGAGAGCGCGCUUUACAGCUCUGAGCCCCAACUCUGUCCAGAGUGCAGAGAAGGGCUGUUAUGCCAACAGCAGCGGGACUUGCGUGAAUACACCCAAGCAACCAUCUACAUCCAUAAAGUGGUGGAUAAUAAAAAGGUAAUGAAGGACGCUGCUCCAGAGCUGAACGUGAGCAGCUCAGAAGCUGAAGAGGAAAGGGAGGAAAACAAGCCAGAGGGGGAGCAAGACCCAGAUUUUAACCAGACCAACGGUGGUGCGAAGCGCCAGAAGAUCUCGCACCAGAGCUACGUCGCUUACCAAAAGCAAGGGAUCAGGCGAAGCACCCGGCACCGGAAAGUCAGAGGGGAGAAAGCGCUGCUUGUUUCUGCUAAUCAGACGCUGAAAGAGCUGAAAAUACAGAUCAUGCAUGCAUUUUCAGUUGCUCCCUUCGACCAGAAUUUGUCGAUCGACGGGAAGAUACUGAGCGACGACACCGCAACGCUCGGCAGCCUGGGAGUCAUCCCCGAGUCCGUCAUUUUAUUAAAGGCUGAUGAACCAAUCGCAGAUUACGCGGCGAUGGACGACGUUAUGCAAGUCUGCAUGCCUGAAGAAGGAUUUAAAGGGACUGGUUUACUUGGACACUGAUGGUUUUCUAAGCGUUGGCAACAGAGGAGCGACCAGAAGGGAAGAGGAUUUUGACACGGUAGGGCAUUAAAAGAAAAAAAAAAAAAAAAGGUGGAUGCAGGACUGAACUCUUUGACUCUUCCAGAAGGCAGAAACCCAUUCUGAGAUGACUGUCGUGUCCCCCCCCCCAAAAAAAAAUGCCUUAUGUCAAAGCAGAUUGCACUGAAGGACGUCCUGCCUUCAAGAGAACGUUCCCGAUUUUAUAUUUAAUAAAGCAACAGGAAGGUUGGAAAGUUUUAGCAGCAGUAAGAGCGUAUCGUGUUUACAGGCGAGGGAGACGGAGGCCUUCUCGUGUAUCCCCGACUCCAAUCCCGCACGGCGCUCGUCUGGCCGCAGAGGGGUUGGGAUCCAGUAGAUCAAAACCAUCCUGAUCUCUUCUCGAGUAACUCUUUGGGCGUAACCUGCUUACAGAUAAUCCUGUCUUUGAUCCACUAUUACUCUUUCAGUACAGCAUGGAAGUAAAGAAAUUGUUACUUGUGAGGAAUGUCUAGCUCUCUUUCAAAAAAAAAAACAAAACCAAACCCCAAAUCUUCAUCUAUUUAACCCAAAACGUAAGCUGUGGUCUGCCGCCGACAGCCUUCCGGCGCGGAGGGGACGGGGAGCCGCCUCCCUCGCCGCCUUUUCGGCCGCUCGCCUUCGCUUCCAAACGUUUGAUGAUCUUUCAAUAACCACCUGGUCUUUGUGAACCGUGUUUUUUAGAAACGGGGGCGGGGGGUAUUUUAACGACUUUUGGGAACAUCUUUUCCUCCAGGCCGGGACUGCCGGGAGCGCUUUUGCCCACGGCCUGGCGCGAUGGCGAUGGGGGCGCGGGUGGGUGGCGUGUUUCCCUUGGGAAGAGGUUUUUUUCUUUUCCCCCCCCUCUCUUCUCGUUUUUCAGGAAUGCACUAACAAUUAUUUGGGGUUUUUACAUCUGUAGCUCCCGGAAAGGAUCUGUCCCUUUGCCUAUUAGUAGGAGAAAAUAGUGUACCACUUCAGACUUCAAUAAAAAAAGGGCACUGUCGAGGUAUCUCCGUAAUAAAGUUAGACGUUUCCUCUUCCUUUUCCCCCUUUUAACUUGUUUCCACGGCAAAACGUGCUGCGGAGAGUCGGGUUGCUGCCGCAUCGCCUUUAUCUUUUAAAGGAUUGCCGGAGUUUGGGGCUGCGAGAAGAGGGGGGUGACACAUACCCCCUCCCGACAACCCCCGUAAGCCUUUAUUUUAAAUGUUAUCUUUUAGCCGAAGAAUUACAGCUGCCCUUUGCCGGGCGCGGCGGCUCCGCGUCCUCCUCCCCGGCGGGUUGUGGGGUGAAGCGGCCGACGUUUGGGGUCGUGGAGCUCUUAAAAGGUGGGGUUUGGGGCGAGGUGGACCCGCGUAUUCUUUCCCAAGGUAAAGAUGCCAGCCGGAAUUCAGCGCGCCGAAGCCCCUCCGUCCUUCGGGAACGGGCGGGAGGUUUUCUUCUUCCCCGACUGAAGCACUCGCUUGUGUACAUAUUCCCUGGAAAUUCCAUUUUUUGGGUUGUUUUUUUCAAUUUGCUGUUAAUUUUUUUUUUUAAUGUUACAAAAAAAAAAAAAUCUCUUCCUUAUGAGCUUAUAACACUGCAAAAUUCAAGUCUGUAAACUGAGCGGGAAGGAUUUAGCCGGGGCCGGGGCGGUGUUUCCGAGCGGUGAGGUACGGCCGCAGGUACAAGAGGUGAUCAAAGGUCCAGUUACCGUUUUGUCUGUUAUUUGCAAACAUUAUCCGAUUUAAAAUUGUCAUUUGAGCUGUGGAAGCCUUAUUAAAGCGCAUACACGUGC